GCUCGGGGGGUGGGGUGGGGGGGUUGCCCUCCGCCGACGCAAGCGACUUCCGGGAUCGAAUCAGCGGCUGGCGGAGCCCAGGCACUGUCCAUGUCAGAAAGUAGCUGGAGAACUGGAAUUCAGAAGGCAUCUUUGUCACCACCUUCAUCUUUUCCCUGCCUUAUCCAAGCCACCUUUCCAGACUUUCUCUGCCCAGCAUGUCAGAAAAGGCUGAGUUCUUAACAUACUACUCUCCAAAAGAAGAUGUAUCUGUGAAGGCUGAAGAAGAAAAUUAUGUCUGGGGGCAGGAAUUUGGCCUUCAGGGAAACACCUACAGCCAGGAGACUUUCUGUCAGCAGUUCAGGCAGUUUGGUUAUUCUGACUCUGCUGGACCCCGGGAGGCCCUGAGCAGACUCCGGGAGCUGUGCAGACAGUGGCUGAGGCCGGAGGUGCACACCAAGGAGCAGAUCCUGGAGCUGCUGGUGCUGGAGCAGUUUCUCACCAUCCUGCCCGAGGAACUGCAGGCCUGGCUGCAGGAACAUCACCCAGAGAAUGCAGAGGAGGCUGUGACUAUGCUGGAGGAGCUGGAGAGAGAGCUUGAUGAACCAAGGCAACAGGACCCAGCUCCUAGCCAAGGAAUGAUCUGGAAGGAAAUGACAUCCACGAGAGAACUGAAGUCUCUGACUAGCCAUUUGCAGCCCUUGGAGAACCAGUGCAAGAGUGGAGCUCUAGAGCACCAGGAUUUGAAUGGGAGAGAUGGCAAGCUGCUGGAUGACAUAGAAUUGACAACAAAGCAAGAAAUUAUUGAAUGUGUUGCCUCAGUGGCCAUGAUAUCCCCAGGAAGACUCCCAGAGGAAACUCAUUUAGGACAGAUCAAUGAAGAAGUUUUGGAAGGCCUAAACAGCUUUGAAAGGUUGAAAGAAAAUGCUGAAAGUAACUUAAGUCAGUUCUCUUCCCAUGGAAGCUAUUUUAGCAUGGCAACCCUAAAUGAGAGAACUUCUACAGAAACAAGUACCCUUGGAUGUAAUGAGAGUGAAGGAAGUUUCAGUCAGAACUCAAAUAUAUCACUACAGAAAAUUCACACUGGGCGAAAGCUCUAUGAGUGCUUUCACUGUGGGAAAGCCUUUUGCCAGAGAUCAAAGAUGAUAAGACAUCAGAGAAUUCAUACUGGAGAGAAACCUUAUGCAUGUAAAGAAUGUGGCAAAGCCUUUUGUUGGAGUUCAGACCUUGUUAGACAUCAAAGAAUACAUACUGGUGAAAAACCAUAUGAAUGUUGUGACUGUGGCAAAGCAUUCCGGGGCAGUUCAGAGCUUAUUAGGCAUCAGAGAAUUCACACUGGAGAGAAACCUUAUGAAUGUGAUGAAUGUGGGAAAGCUUUCAGCAGAAACUCAGUCCUUAUUCAGCAUAAAAAAAUUCACAUUGGAGACAAAGGAUAUGAAUGUGCUGGAUAUGGCAAGACUUCUGGUAGAAAUUUUAUUCUUACUGAACAUGAAAAAAUUCACACUAGAGAGACACCCUAUGAAUGCAGUGAAUGUGGAAGAUUCUUCAAUCAAAUCUCAGCCCUCACCCAGCACCAAAGGGUUCACACAGAUGAGAAGCCCUUUGAAUGUAGUGAAUGUAGGAAAACAUUUAGAUAUAGGUCAAGCUUUAUGCAGCAUCAAAGAACUCACAUCAGAGUUACAAUCUGUGGGUAAGAUUUGCACUAAUGUGAAAUACAAAUAAUGCACUGUGGAAUGAAAUUUCAUAGAAGAUAGAAGUUUCCUAAGAACAGAAUUUCUAUUCACCUGACCCACUUCAGUAGAUUCACACAACUAAAUGCUUGUUGAAAUGUUAAAUGGAAACUAUUGUAGUAAUAUGAUGCUUCUAGUGUUUCCUAGUAAUAUGAUGCUUCUAGUGUUUCCAAGUACAUAGAUCCUUAUCCAGUGAGAAAAUUUGGUGCAGGCCAGGGAAGUGUUUUAGUGGUAGAAGAUAUGCUUUGCUUUUAUGAAGUUCUGAGUUCAACAUAUAAUGAUGGACAUAGAAUGAUGGAGAGGUUUUCUGGAGUUACCCGAAUCUUUUUCUCUCUGUCUCUUUGGGGGGGGGGCACUACAGUAUCCAGAAUCUUAAGGGAAAAAAAACAUGUUUGCCAACUGGAAGCAUGUACUGAGAGUGAUUCAAUGAUCUUAUAAUUGAAUUAUGCUUUGGGUCAGUUUUUAGUAUCUGGGGAGAAGACGGUAGCUCAUUCUUACCAAUUGCGAGUUUGUUUCUCAGUCCUGAACUUCCUACUGUGUUCAUUAACAUCUGUUUAUAUAGUGAGCACUUGGGAGAAGUAUGACCAUUGCUCUUCCCAGAGUUAAGGGCUAACAGGAUAUAAAUUUUUAUUAAAUAAGUAUGGACAAUAAGGUGUUUAAAGUGCUUUUGCACGAUAAAUAAAAGAUUCUAUCAAACUAAAUAGUAAAGAUACCCAACCUGGUUUCUGAAUCACUAAAGGCUUCCUAGAUGUGAUGAAAUCUCAGUGGAGACUACAGAAGUCUAUCAGUGUCAAUCAAAUCAAGGGCAAGAGAGAAAAGAACAUUAUAAACGAAUAAGAAAGAAAGCCAUUGAGAAUUGAUCAUGUCUUUAUGUUAUUAUUCUCACUGGAAUGAACUGGUUUUCAGACCUUGGUUCAUAAUCCAGGAUGGGUUGAGUUGGGUAUCUUGACUCAGACUCCUCCAUAUUGUCCCAGUAGACCUUGAAAAACUAAAGAGAAAUAGUUUGAUGAACAACUUUGGUGUGUUUUAUAAAAAAAGGUCAGAAGGAAAGAGGGAAAGAUACCACAGCACUGAAACUUCUUUCAGUAUAGUAGGGGUCUGACUAAUGCCUGGGCCGUAUGAAUGACACAGGUAUACUAUAUAGUUGAGCUAUCUUUCCAGUCUGAAAAAGACAUGUCUAUACCCCAGAGAAAGCUGUAUUAGAAGCUGGACAGGCAGUGGGGAAUGAAGUGUUUAUCUCAUGACCUUGGGGACCAUAAAUAGGAGGUAUACAAGAAUACAGGAGGUGAAAUUGAGGGGGCAGUCUUCAUGUUUCAAGUUUCUUCAACUGUCAUUGUCAGGUCAUUCAAAAUGUUAAGGAGUAACAACAACAUAUAUGACCACCAGGUGAUUCCAUAUUUCUAUAUAACUGAAUUGUUCUUUCUGGUUGAUAUUUGUAAUUGUUGAUGAUAGAGAAUGGUGGUAUGCAAAUCACAAUCCUACCAGUUAUAGAAACAUUAACAUGCUGGAGUAAUAAAGUUGAGUUUUAAUGAGUUUUAAGACUUACUUUAAAGUGUCAUUUUCUCUAAACAGAUAUUCCAGAAUGUCUAAUAACUUACUUAAUUAGGACUCUAGAAUUUAUGGGAAGACACUAAGAAUAGCUCUACUUCGAGAGUCUUGUAUUUCUCAAGUAUAAAGAUAUAUAUUCAAUACACACAGACACGUUUGUCCACCUAUGUACACCUAUUAUGUGUCAUUUGUCAAUUUACCAAUAAGCGAACACAGAACUUUGGAUGUGGUAUAUACCCUAUAAUCUUACAAUCUUGUAACUCACUAUUAAUCACAAAUAAAAAAUUGGGAAAAAUAA